AUGGUCGGCUUCCAGCAACAACGUCGUCUUAGGGAGGAGCAACUUGGCGUGGAAGAGGGAGUGCAGGACGGCACGAUGGCUAGCGGUGUCGGCAACACUGCAGCUGCAGUUGCGGGUGCACCGGGACAUCAGCAACAGCAACAGCAACAUGGAUCGUCGUCAAGUGGCAGAGCGAACUCGCCGAGGGCAAGACUGGCGAUGCUGAAACGGUCAUCCACCAAGUGCAAAGCAUUAUCCAGUAACGAUCCAUUUCGAUUUCAAGGGAAUGGGAUAGAUUUCAAAGGUAAGUUAAUCGGUGUUCGAGACGUUGAUGAGGCUCGAGGUGACGCAAUGUGCGCCGAAGCGAUGAGACUUGCGAAAGCAGCUGUCAAAAGUGCGGGGCAUCAUAAACAACGAAUUAUUCUGAAUAUAUCAAUCGAAGGCCUCAAAGUUAAAGAUGAAAAAACUCAAACAGUUUUGCACAAUUUUCCCGUUUCACGGAUCUCGUUCAUAGCACGGGAUACAACAGAUGCACGUGCAUUCGGCUUUAUUUAUAGUUGUUCAGAUAACAAAUAUAAAUUUUACGGAAUUAAGACGACUCAAACAGCUGAUCGUGCAGUUUUAUCAAUUCGUGAUAUGUUCCAAAUAGUUUUUGAAAUGAAGAAAGCUCAUCUUGCUGAAGUGAAACAGAAACAGGAAGAGCAGCAGAAACGGGAAUCGAAAACGAUAGACGGUGUGAAGAUAGAUAAUGGUGUUGCGGUAGCAGAUUUGUUAGACUUGGAAUCUGAGCUUCAUAACAUUGAGCAAGGUUAUAAUCAACUGCAGAAUAUUCCGACAUUCGCAGAGGAUUCUUGGCCCACCAAUGAUGUAUUCACUGACUUGCAGCCAUCAACACCUUUUUUCUCACCAUCAACUGGAACUGUUGCACCAUUACCACCACCGCCUGUAUCAUCAUUUGCUCUGAAAAAUUCAUCAGAUCCUUUUGAUGAUAGUUUCAAUCCCCGGUCUCUUCCUAUAAUUCGGCCACUUGGAAAUAUUCCACUAAAUGCUUCUGAUACCCAGCAGCCAUCUUCUCCUUCAGCACAGCCAUUAACAACUUUAUUGUCGUAUCCUAAUGCAUUUACAUCCUCUACAAACGGUCGUUCAGUUGCUUUCUCGGAAACAAAUCCAUUUGCCUCAUCAGUGCAGAGUACCACUGUGGCGAGGAUAGAACUUGAUCCAUUUGAUACACAUCAAGCUCAACAAGUCCUGAAAAGUUCUACAUCUUAUCAUCUUCCUAUGGCAGUUUCUUGGUCAAUAAAUGAAAAUACCAUACCGCCAACAGGCACUGAUUCAAGAAUGCUUUCUAAAUGGACAGAAAAGAAGAGGGUAUCAACCUUGGAAGAAGCGUUCAAUAAACUAGUUGAUAUGGAUACACUCGUUUCCAGUUCGGAAUUGAAAAAAAAUCCAUUUAGCGAACUAGUGAUUCCACCGAAAAAAGUAUCGAUGGACGCGAUGACAGCGAAUGCAACGAUAACAGGAGCAACAGCGGUAAUGACGGGUUCGCCACGGGCACCAUGUAUACCCACCCGAUCUGCUCCUUUGAUUGUUUCAACCACUUCCAACAAUGAUCCAUUUAAUGAUGAGUUUUUCAAUUAA